AUGUGGCCACACUGUUUGAUAAGGUGUUAUAUGCGGAUGCAGGUUGAUAACCAAAUGGAGACGAUUGGCAUGGGUCUCUAUCACAAAAGGAGUAUGGAUAUUUAUUUGACAUAUCCCGCCAGAUGAGAUGCAGAUUCUUCUGAUCACUUUAUGAAUUGUACAAAGUGAGUAAACUGUAGUGAAGUUUAUAUUUGGAUUAAGAUAAUGAAUUUUGUGGAUUUACUGUACGGAGUGGAA